GAACAAAGCAGGGAAAGGUGAUGAUUCUGGUGAUUCUGAUGAUGAUGAACCUCUUGUGAAGAGCAGAGGGAGGCCAAGGAAAUCCAGCAAAGCCUCCUUGCGUGAGUCUAGCUCAGAAGGGUCAUCAAGUGAGUCAGAGUAUGAGCCUGAGGCCAAGAAGGGAGGCAAAAAAACAAAGCCCAAACAAAAGAGCAAGGUGGCCUGCCAGAAACACAAAGCUGGCCAAGAAGAAAUCUAAGAACAGUGAUUCCGAUUCUGAUGAUGAUGAAGAAGUUCCAAAGAAGAGCAAAGGAAAAGCAGUUAAGCCAGGGAAGAAGGCCAAACAAGCAGUGAGUUCCAGUGACUCUGAUGAUGAGCCACUUAUAACAAAGAAAAGAGCCAGAGAGGUCAGUCAGAAGUCUAAAGAUGCAGAGAGUGAUGACUCUGAUGACUCUGAUGACAUGCCAUUAGUGAAAAAGAAGCCAACUCCGAAAUCAAAAAAAGCUGCCAGCGACAGUAAUUCUGAUGAUGAGCCCUUAGUGAAAAAGAAGCCAACUCCAAAGGCGAAAAAAGCAGCCAGUGAUGAUGACUCUGAUGACAAGCCCUUAGUGAAAAAGAAGCCGACUCCAAAGUCGAAAAAAGCAGCCAAUGAUAGUGACUCAGAAUAUGAGCCUUUGCAGAAAAAGAAGCCGACUCCAAAAUCGAAAAAAGCAGCCAAUAAUAGUGACUCAGAUGAUGAGCCUUUACAGAAAAAGAAGCCGACUCCAAAAUCGAAAAAAGCAGCCAAUAAUAGUGACUCAGAUGAUGAGCCUUUGCAGAAAAAGAAGCCGACUCCAAAAUCGAAAAAAGCAGCCAAUAAUAGUGACUCAGAUGAUGAGCCUUUACAGAAAAAGAAGCCGACUCCAAAAUCGAAAAAAGCAGCCAAUAAUAGUGACUCAGAUGAUGAGCCUUUGCAGAAAAAGAAGCCGACUCCAAAGUCGAAAAAAGCAGCCAAUGAUAGUGACUCAGAAUAUGAGCCUUUACAGAAAAAGAAGCCGACUCCAAAGUCGAAAAAAGCAGCCAAUGAUAGUGACUCAGAAUAUGAGCCUUUGCAGAAAAAGAAGCCGACUCCAAAAUCGAAAAAAGCAGCCAAUAAUAGUGACUCAGAUGAUGAGCCUUUACAGAAAAAGAAGCCAACUCCAAAAUCGAAAAAAGCAGCCAAUGAUAGUGACUCAGAUGAUGAGCCUUUACAGAAAAAGAAGCCGACUCCAAAAUCGAAAAAAGCAGCCAGUGAUAGUGACUCAGAUGAUGAGCCUUUGCAGAAAAAGAAGCCGACUCCAAAGUCGAAAAAAGCAGCCAGUGAUAGUGACUCAGAUGAUGAGCCUUUACAGAAAAAGAAGCCGACACCGAAAUCGAAAAAAGCAGCCAAUAAUAGUGACUCAGAUGAUGAGCCUUUGCAGAAAAAGAAGCCGACUCCAAAGUCGAAAAAAGCAGCCAGUGAUAGUGACUCAGAUGAUGAGCCUUUGCAGAAAAAGAAGCCGACUCCAAAGUCGAAAAAAGCAGCCAGUGAUAGUGACUCAGAUGAUGAGCCUUUGCAGAAAAAGAAGCCGACUCCAAAGUCGAAAAAAGCAGCCAGUGAUAGUGACUUAGAUGAUGAGCCUUUGCAGAAAAAGAAGCCGGCUCCAAAAUCAAAAAAAGCUGCCAGCGACAGUGACUCUGAUGACAAGCCAUUACAGAAAAAAAAGCCGACUCCAAAAUCGAAAAUCAAAGCCAAAAAUGCUACAAAUGAUAAUGACUCUGAUGAUGAUCAAUUAGCGAAGAAGAAACAAACUCCAAAAGCUGAAAAAGCCAAGAGUGAGAGUGAUUCUGACAAUGAACCACUGCAGACGAAGAAGGCUGCAAAGAGUGAGCACACAGAGGAAGAGAAGUCUGGUGGAUCUGACAACAAGCAAAAGCAAGACAGGGAAGGAAAGAAAAGAAACAAGCCAAGCAGUUCAGAUGAAGAGGAACCUCUGAGUAUGACGAAAGGCCCAAGUCCCAAGAGAAAGAAGAUGGAAACCCCAAGUGACUCAGAUGAGGAACCACUGAGUAAAAAGAAAGGGAAACAGGUGAAGGAUGACCAGUCAGGCAGUGACUCAGAUGCAGAGGCAAGUGCAAAGAUGAAGAAGAGUAUUUCCUCAAAACAGAAGAAGGAGGAAGACUCCGAGGAUUCUGAUGGAAGUGAUGCGGAUGCAAAGAAGAACCAUCCUAGCAGCAACCUGGACUCAGAGUCAGAGCCAGAGAAGGAGAGUAAGAAGACGCCCAAGAGAGGGAGAAAGCCUAAGACCAAAAAGACUGCUGAUGAUAGUUCAGGAAACUCAGAUGGCGGCAGCAGUUCUGACGACGAAGAGCCACUAGCCAAGAAAACUACCGCGAAGCAGAAUACUAAGGCAGCAGAGAAAAGGCCACCUAAACCUGCACAAAUGAGUGAUUCAGACAGUGAUGAACCUUUAGCCAAGAAGAAGAAAGAAGGAACAGGAGAGAAAGGAAAACUGGUGUCAAAGAAGGCUCCAAAAGCAGACAAGGCAGGCAGUGAUAGUUCAGAUUCGUCACUCAACUCUGAUAGUGAGAAUGAAGAAUCCUCAAAAGAGAUGAAGCCAGCCAAAAAGGAAGCCAGUAAAAAGUCACCAAAGCAAUCAAAGGGAGAGGACAAACUAGCCCGUCUCAAAAAGUACAUCCGCACCUGUGGCAUCCACAUCAACAACUAUGACAAACUUCUGGAAGGCUGCAAGAGUGUUGCAGCCAAAAAGGCCAAGCUCCUGAGUGUGAUGGAAGAACAGGGACUUAAAGGUGCUCCGACCCUUGACAAGUGCAAGAAACUUUGCAAGAAGAUUGAAAGAAAGAAGGAGAUAGAGGAACUGGACCUUGGCAACAUCAUAGCUGAUUCAGGUCGAGGCAGACGCAAUGCCCACAGCCUGUACGCCAGUCAGAGAUCGCAGUCGCCGCAGUUUAACUCUCCAAUCAAAGCAUCGAGGGCAAGAAUCAUAGCCGAAUCAGAAUCAGAGUCGGAUUAAUGUUAUUUCUUCUUUCUGAAUUUUCUGUUAUUAUUAUUAUUGAAGUAAUGAUUAUUUUUUGUUAAUUUUAUUAAUUUUGUUGACAGUGUGUUGCCUUUUGUGUUUUUUAUGCCAUCUCGCACUUACAGUUUAUGUAUUUUUUUUUUUUUUUUCAAUUGGCUGAUCUGUCUUUCACUCUUAAAAUUCUGUAGGGAGGAACUGCAGGAAAAUGAAUAGAUUCUCCUAAUGAUAAAUGGAUAAUUAAACAAAAGUAAGAGACUUCUUUUUCUGUGUAAUGAAGCAUAGGUUUUCUUUUUUUCAUCUUAUAAUUUCAUAGCCUGAUUGAGACCAUGAUAAUUCUCUUUGGGGCUGUAUCAGAGUUGAUAUGCUAAUGUUUUAAUAAUUAACUGCGGAUGAAUAUUUCUAGUGAGAACUCUUUAUAUGGAUUAGAGACCCCCUCCCCCCCAAAAAAUAUAUUUAUAUGAAAUUAUUUUUAACUGCCAUAUUUUGUUAAGGAUGUAAAUUUUAAAGAAUUCUCAAAAUAGGUAUCCAUUUAGCUCUUGUUUUUUAUUUUUUAUUUCUUUCUUUCUUUUUCCUUCUAAUCUCGGUGUAUUACUUUUAAGGAUUAUAUUUCUCAUUUACAAAAAAAAAUUUAUGAUUUAUUUGUAUAAGUGAAGAUUAGGCCUUUUAGACCAUUGGAGGGCAUUCCACUGUACCUGUAAUUAUCAAUUGAAAGAGUACAAUAUGUGUUAGCCCAAUGCUGCCGGGUAGUACUAGUAAUUGACUUCUUGGUGAAUAAGCUCUUUUGGAGCCAUUUAUGUGUGAAUACAGUUGGGAAAGUAAACUCACAUUAGGCAGGCCAUUUACAUACAUGCCGUCCCCUGUAGCAUUGGGUUAAUUUGUAGAGUAUAUGGUGGGCAGGUGUAUGAGGUUGUUCCUGUGGCUCUGUGAAUUUUCAUGAGAGUUUGUAGUGUGAAUGUUGUUUUAUCAUUCCUCUUGAAUUUCCUAUUGUAAAACCAGCAAAGAUUGAAUUAUAAUUUUUUUACAUAGGGAUAGCUCACACCCGUAACAAAGCACAGCUCAAAUUCUCUUUUGCAAACAUUUUCAGCUCAUGAACAGUUUUAGGAUAACAUACAGUAUAUUGUCAUUAGACCUUUUUGCAGAUAUAGCCACUAAUUGUAGUAAGAGGAAAUCAUUUUAUUAUUUUAAUUUUCUCCACUGUCUUGUGGAGAAAAUUCAUACAUUUAAUGAAGGUAUAUUAUGAUACACUUAUUUCUUAAUGGACACAGUUGAUUAGGUCAUUAGAAAUCCAAAUACACAGUACUAAACCCACCACUACACACAGCAUCAGCUUUACCUUUUGUAGAAAGUAAUUGAAAAUAUCUAGAACAUUUUUUAAAGGAAUCAUAUAUAUUUGUAGUAUGCUUCUUUACUAGUUUCUAUAAUGCUUGUAGUUGAGCAGGGGACUGUGAGAUUUGACUGUUGAAGAUUGUGUAUGCAGGAACUGUUAAAUCUGUUUUGUAUUGAGUUAGAUCUGUAUUGUAUUUUCUUUUAAAUGCUUUGACUUUUCUUUAUCUCUCUUUAGUAUUAAUCAUAGAAUGAAUUUUAUUUUGAUAAAUUUUAUUAAAGUAUAAUAAUUGA